AUGCCAAGUGUGAUUACAUACGAACUAGACCGAACGCUGACCCUUCCAUCAUGCCCAUGGGAAGUUGCGCUUCGUCCUACUGUAGAAUUUAAGCCCGUCGAGAUGCAGCCAGACGAGGAAGUGACCUGUAGCGAGCUACCAUUUCAAGUGACAACUAUUCACGUAUUUUUCACCGGAUCAGGGAUUCCGCUCUACAGCAAUUCCGCCCUGAUGGAGAAGUUUUCUGAGGCACAAAGAAGGUUCAGGUUGUACAUUGCGAGUGAGCCACAGUCACAGUGUGUCUCCGUCCCUGUUUUCACUGGAGCCAGUCGCAGCAGACUGUAUUUUGGACAAAUCUACAACACCACUGGCUACUACUUCCUGGGUGGCUAUGCCUUCACUGGAAAGUGCGCCUGUGAGGAUAACGCUUGCUGCGGAAAAACAGCGAUCGACGAAUACUUGAAUCCUAUCAUGGGCAACGAGCAUGUGUAUGGUUAUGUCUAUUUUGGACCAAAAAAGCCUGAUAAUUUUUACGGGCUUGAAAUAGCGAGCAAGCAGCAAUUCUACAUUGCUGGUAUUGCAUAUCGUUCCAACCUAUCGUAG